GUACCAGGGCGGUAUCGGGGCGGUACCGGGGCGGGCCCGUCCGGCGGCGCGGCGCGGGGCCAUGCGGCAGCCCCCGGGCGGUGGCAGCGGCGGCGGCGCCGCCUUCCUGCCCGCGGCGCGGUGCGGAGCGGCGGCCGGAGCGCCCCGCACAGCCAUGGGCGAUGGGUGGCUGCCUCCGGACUGCGGCCCCCAGAACCGCUCCGUGGCCGGGGUGACGGCCGUGCCGCCCGGGAGCAGGCAGCUGCCCGCCGCCGAGCUGCUGUCGCAGCAGUGGGCUGUGGGCAUGAGCCUGCUGAUGGCCCUGGUGGUGCUGCUCAUCGUGGCCGGGAACGUGCUGGUGAUCGCGGCCAUCGGGAGGACGCAGCGGCUGCAGACCCUCACCAACCUGUUCAUCACCUCGCUGGCCUGCGCCGAUCUGGUGAUGGGGCUGCUGGUGGUGCCCUUCGGGGCCACGCUGGUGGUGCGGGGCACCUGGCUCUGGGGAUCCUUCCUCUGCGAGUGCUGGACCUCGCUGGACGUGCUCUGCGUGACGGCCAGCAUCGAGACCCUGUGCGUCAUCGCCAUCGACCGCUACCUGGCCAUCACCUCGCCUUUCCGCUACCAGAGCCUCAUGACCAAGGGUCGGGCCAAGGGCAUCAUCUGCACCGUCUGGGCCAUCUCUGCCCUGGUCUCCUUCUUGCCCAUCAUGAUGCACUGGUGGCGGGAUGACGACCCCCAGGCGCUGGAGUGCUACCAGGAUCCGGGCUGCUGCGACUUCGUCACCAACAGGGCUUACGCCAUCGCCUCGUCCAUCAUUUCUUUCUACAUCCCCCUUCUCAUCAUGAUCUUUGUGUAUCUGCGGGUGUACAGAGAGGCCAAGGAGCAGAUGAGGAAGAUCGAUAGGUGCGAGGGCCGAUUCUACGGCAGCCAGGAGCAGCCGCAGACGCCCCUGCCCGCUCACCCUCACCACCAGCCCAUCCUCGGCAACGGCCGAGCCAGCAAGCGAAAGAGCUCCCGCAUCAUGGCCAUGAGGGAGCAGAAAGCCCUCAAGACUUUGGGCAUCAUCAUGGGGGUGUUCACCCUCUGCUGGCUCCCCUUCUUCCUGGUGAACAUCGUCAACGUCUUCAACAGGGACCUGGUGCCGGACUGGCUCUUCGUUUUCUUCAACUGGCUGGGCUACGCCAACUCCGCGUUCAACCCCAUCAUCUACUGCCGCAGCCCCGACUUUCGUAAGGCCUUCAAGAGGCUGCUGUGCUGCCGCCGGAAAGCCGACCGGUGGCUGCACGGCGGCGGCGGGGAGCUGGCCCGGCUGCCCGGGGGCUUCAUCAGCACCGUGGGCUCCCCCGAGCGCAGCCUGGCCGGGACCUGGUCCGACUGCAACGGGGGCACGCGGGGCGGCAGCGAGUCCAGCCUGGAGGAGAGACAUAGCAAAGCCUCCGACUCGGAGUCCAAGCCUCUAGAGUCAGCUUCUGAUGCUGUGAAGUGUGCCGUGAAAAGCAGUGGAUGUUUCUGUACCUCCUCUGGCUUCUCUGAAGCUCUUCAGCACUGGGAGCAGGUGGAUACCACCGAGCCUGUUCAUUGCUCAGCAAUGGAGAAGCCAGGAUGAGCACUACAGCUGCUGCUGCUGUCCCACCUCUGUGCAGGGCCAUGGGGCAGACUGCAGCUCAGGUUUUCCCUCUGUGCCAUGCUUCCCUCCCUGGCUGGGAAUGCCAGGAGCUGGCUGAGGGCACUGCAGAGGUGCUGUCUGUCCCCUCCUGGGCUGGCCCUGACACACGUUCCAUUUAUCACUCUGUAGUGCCUCAGUGUCCCCUCCCUGUGACACUCCUGUGGCAGAAGGAUCCCACCACACACCCUCCAGCAGCUGGGCCUGAACAUAAACACAGUCAAGAGUCCAGCGACCCAGAGAGCCAAGUGAAAUAACCCAGCUGCAUCAUUUGUCCACUAUUGCCACAAAGUCACCCAUUUUUCCCCAAAGCACAUGCAGUUCAGCACUGCUGGCCACACUGUGCAAGCCCAUCACUGAUCCCCAUGCCUACAGAG